GGAGGGUGGUUGCAGUGUUGUUUGUCAUAACGUAAGUAAAGACUCACGCGCACCAGGAGUAGGGGGCGUCACGCCAACGCUGGGACAUGUCGUCGGGGAUGUCGUCGUCGACGUCGUCGGAUGAGUCGGAUGAAGAGCCACAGAUAGUACAGCAUGUUGAGAAACCCGACAUCCACAAGAUGGCCAGACAGGGAGAGGUUGAGAAACUGCGUAAUGCCUUGGGGGACAGAAGACGCGGAGUGGCAAUUGCGGACAUUGAUGAGAAAGACGGCCAAGGAUUAACUGCACUUCAACAUGCCGUCAAGUGCAACCGGCCGGAGGUGGUCAGGCUCCUGGUUAACUGGGAGAAACCCGCAAACCACCUGAUACAGGACCAACACGGCCUCUCUCUGGCCCACUAUGCAACAAAGAGUGUCAGAGGUACCACCAGGAACGCCCCAGAUACUUACAAUGAUUCUGGAAAAGAUGACCGACGCUACUCAAAACAGCUGUCUAUUUCUAGUGAUGACAAGAGCGCAGUCACGUGUCUUGAGAUUCUCAUUUACAAGGAUAUGGAACAAAACGUUGCGGAAGGCAAGGAGCCGGGGAAAAAGGAGACCAAAAUGAAGCUUAUAUAUUUGAAAGAAAAAAGGCACGGGCAGACCCCUCUGCACUUUGCUGUAAUGUCAGGUAGUCUCGACAGUGUCCGGAUAUUAAUUAAGAAGGACAAGAACCCGAAACAAGAGCAACUCAUCCAUACAAAGGACAAACACGACAUGACUCCGAUGCACGUGGCAGCAACGUACCGUCAAGUGGACAUAAUGGACUUUCUGCUAGACAAUGGAGCUGAAAUCACGCAAGAGGAUAAGGAAGGAUCUAUUCCUCUGCACUACGCAUGCUCAACAGGAUGUUUAGAAAUGGUCAAUCUCCUCAUUGCCAAGGGAAAAAGCGAAAUUGUGACUAUGGUGGAGAAGAAGGCCAUGGGAGGUAACACUUGUCUGCACAUCGCUAUAGAAAACGGUCACGAAGGAAUCAUUCAGAAACUGCUUCAAAAUGAUUCUAAGGUCCUCGUCGCCCGUGAUGACGGUAUGCUGCCAGUGCACCUCGCUGUCAUUUCUGGAAAUCUGAAUGUUGUAAAGUCCAUUGUGUCCAAGGCUGGAUUGCACCAGCGCGAUACUGAGAACAAGGCUGAGUCAACAACGCUUCACCUUGCUGCUCAGUACAACCAGCUGGAGGUUGCGAGAUACCUGCUUGAAAAAAGCAGCAGCCUUGUGGCAAAGACUGACAGCGAAUCGAAUACACCUCUACAUGUAGCUGCCUUUUUCAACCACUGGGAAAUAAUCGGACUGCUGAUGGAGAAAGGAGGCAAGAUCAACGCUAAGAACCUGAAGGGCCAGAUACCCUUACAUGUGGCGGCUGAGAUGGGCCACAUGGAGUCAUUGAAAGUCCUGCUGAAUCCACGUUCCUUGAAACACGGAAAAGAUUUCAUGGAACUCAAGGAGGAAGAGAAUGGGGAAUUCAUAUUCAAGAAGCUACAGCAUAUUGCAAAACAAGAAGGAAACAGCGUAGACUCCAAGGUCCGGAAGGCGGUCGAGGAUGUGAGACAGAAGCUGGAGAAAGAGGCUAAACCUGUGGAUGACAGGAUACCGACACAGAGGAUCUACCGGAUCGUACAAGCUCUCGGGCCCCCCAAAGAACGUCCUCCCGAUGUACAGGAGAAGAAUGCUAGACCCUCCAGGACAUCAAAAGUUAAACCCCAAUCACAGGCAUCAUCUGAAAAAGAGAAAGAUUCAACGAAAUAUUAUGUGAAGAAAUUCCUGGAACUAAUCUACACGGACAACAUCAUCAACACAGAGGACAACAUCGGCAACACCGCUCUGCAUCUUGCAGCACAGAAUGGACACACAGAGAUUGUGAAGAAAAUGCUUGAAAAACACAAGGCUGAACAUGGUCGGAAAAACGACAGUGAAAGAACGGCCCUCCAUCUUGCGGCAGAGAAAGGACACACACAGACAGUGGGAGUGAUAGUGGCAAGACACAAGCAAGGCGUGUUUGCAGAGGAUCAGGACCGCAACACGCCUCUACACCUGGCUGCCAAGGGGGGACAUAAAGAGACAGUUCAACUUCUCGUCAAGAAUGGGGCUGACAUGAACCAAAUGAACGUGCACGGAAUGACCCCUCUUGACCUGGCUGCCAAGCACGGGGAGGUGGAGAUCUGCGAGAUGCUGGCCAGGAAGGACCCCCACACGGGGCUGAAGGGCUGCAACGAAUGUCCACUUCAUCUGGCCUGCAGAGAGGGUCAUCUCAACGUGGCCAUGUUCCUUCUCCAGACCAAGGCCGACAUGACACACAGGAAUAGCGGGGGCCUCAACUGCCUAGAUCUGGCAAUCAUGCAUGGACACAAAGACAUUGCCCGCUACAUCUUGAGACAUGAUUUGUGGAGAGAAGCUCUGAGGAACCAUGUCAGUCCGAAAAAGAAAAACAAGAGGUCUUCCCGAAAGAUCGUUACACCCAUGAGGAGGCUGAUUCGCGACAUGCCAGACUUGGCGUACGAGGUGCUAGAGAGAAGUGUUACAACCACGGUCAUCAGUGACGGAGAAAAAAAGAAAGAGGAAAAGACUUACAACUUCGAAUUUGUUGAUGAUCUGUAUGAAAACUGGGCAAUACCGAAGAAAAAGAAACAAAAAUGUAGUGACAGUGAGCUCAAGGCUGAAACAGUCCCAUACACACACAAGGCCACUGUCAUCAAGAAGAACCACCCACUGUCAAUCAUGGUGGAGUGUAACAGGGAUGAGCUGUUGCAGCAUCCGUUGGUCAACAAACUCGUCAAGAAGAAGUGGUGGCAUUUUGGGGCCUACUAUUAUCUGGCUAACUUCGGCGUUCAUCUUCUCUUUGUCAUCCUCUUGACUAGAUACAUGCUCAAGUCCACCCAUCCCCUCAGCUACACCAAUGCGGCGUCAAUCAACGACAACAUCUGCGACAGGAGUAUCAGCCCAUGGCUUUUGGUAGAGAAGAUCCUUCUGUACGUUCUCAUGGGUUUAGGCGCAGUGUUUGAGAUACUGCAGAUGUUCAACAUGAGGGCUGCGUACUUGAGUGACCUGGAGAGUUAUGUGGAAUGGGUGUCCUACAUCUGCACCUUUCUCCUUCUGCUGGAGUUCAGUGAGUGCACGACAACCACAGGCUACAGACAGGAAUGGCAGUGGUCUCUGGGCGCGUUUGCUGUUUUCUUCGCCUGGAUUGACCUGGUGCUGUACCUCAAGGCCUUCACGUCCCUAGGCUUGUAUGUCAUCAUGUUCCAGCUCGUCUGUUGGACGUUUCUCAAGGUGUUUCUGGUCUUCUUCUCAUUAAUACUCGCCUUCAGCCUCGGGUUCCACAUUCUGCUGCAAAAUCAGAUUCCAUUCAGAGACGCGCCAAACGCAAUCCUGAAAACAGGCGUCAUGUUCAUUGGAGACCUCGGUUAUGAUGACAUCUUCAACGCUGGUCUCAAUGACACCACAGCAACAGACACCACCAACCUGCUGUACCCACCAGCAACAUCCGUCCUCUUCUCCAUCUUCAUUACACUGGCGUCAAUUGUCCUCAUGAACUUACUGGUCGGUCUGGCUGUUGGUGAUAUUCAGGGGAUCCAACGACGAGCAGCCUUCAAGCGGACGGCAAUGCAUGUAGAAUUGGUCCUGGACGUGGAGAAGGUUUUGUUCAACACAACCAGAGCAAAGCUGUACAAGAAGAGAUAUAGCACCAAGAAGAAGAAAUCCAAGACCCCCUGGCUGUGGAGGAAGUUCAUGGCGCUGCCAUGUUGGUGGUGGAACCAGAGAGUCGAGAAGCAGGAGAACACCGUGUUGGAAUCCAUUGAAGAGUUGACCCGACAACAAAAGCGGUUGGAAAGUAUGAUUGGGGCGAUGAACAGUGACAUGCUGGUCCUUCUCAGACACAAUGACCCUGGUGUACGUGGUGCUGCUAGUGUUGGCAAUGGGCCAGGGAACACCUAGAACGUCUUCACAAAUAAGACACAUUCACAUUCUGCCACAUCAACAUUGUACUCUGAUCAGGACUAAGAAAUCAUACCAAUCUCAA